AUGCCUCGUUCCGACAGACAGGCGGAGGGUUAUCGGAUUUUUAUCGGUGGAGUUGAUCCAAGGGUCGGUAAAGUCGAGUUAGAGCGAGAGUUUGAUCGCUUUGGUACGAUUGUUGAUGUGUGGGUUGCUCGCAAUCCUCCUGGUUUCGCUUUUAUCGUCUACAAACACCUGGAAGAUGCUGAGAAGGCCAUUAGGCGUAUGGAUAGGAGUAGUCCCUUCGGUUCACGACUGCGAGUUGAACACGCUGCCAAUUCUCUCAAAUACAAAUUGGAGGGUUUUUAUAAAUCAAUUACAUCGUUCUCGGUCGUGCAUAUGGGACUGGUACCAUUGCUUAUUUUGCGGUUAAUGGCGGUUGUAGACCAAAAAUUUAAUUAUCGCUUGAAUUCACUAGCAAAACACGUUUUCACUGUAAAAAUGACCCACCGUAUCGCCAGCACCGAAAGAAGUGUAACAGUAAUCUCUACCAGAAAUUGUUUAUGCUUCAGUGCCGUUACUUCGAUUGAUCUAACUGACCAUUUGUGGAAUAAUCUUCGCUUGGAAGAACGACAGCACAAUGAUUAUGCAGGUCUCCCCCUCUGCUUGAAGGGCCAGUUACUGAAGACUUUGUUUUGUCUUUUUAUGCUCAAUAAAUUGUUUGAAAUCUUUAGCAUACAUGAAAUGGCCAUAGAUAUUAUGACCACAUGGCCGAGAGAGCAAGGGAAUUGA